AUGGCUAUGGGACAGGGAGAGCAACGUGCAAUCCAUCCGUUCUUUCGAAGAGGUUUUUGUUCCCUUUGGCUUUUCCAUGGCCCGGAGCUUCUGCACAAACAACCGCCCAGCAACCAUGUCCCUGCCCUGUCCUCUUGCCCCGAACCGUCCCCUACGCCUGUUGCAACACUAGAUCAUGACCCUAACGCCGACCGGAGGAAGAGACGGAAAACAGACAAGGAGAAGUCGAACCCAACAACGUCGGGUCAGGGAUCUGUGAUGAAUUAUGUCAUAUCCAAAGAUGCGCGAUCUCAGGAUAAAGAUACCACCUCAGUUGCAAGCGAGAAUGCAGAUACGGCCGAUGAUGGCCUGGUGUCUCCGGAGUCCAAGCCAGAGUCCAAGACUGGCACUGAGCCCGCUACCCCUGCUUCAGAGGGGGUGGACACGACUAAACAAGGGCCCAAUCACGAGCUUGCAGCCGGCACUACGCAUGAACCGGUGACAGAAAGAAGGUCACCUCGGCAAAAAACGAUCAAAUUGAACCCUAACGGAAAGUUGUUACCUUCUCCUGUGGCAGUUAAGUUCGAGGAUAAGCCGAAGAAGACGAGGACCAGCAAGCGUAGCAAGGUGGACUCCCAGAAACUUACCGGUUCCGAAAGCAGGAUGGUGAUCAUCCGAUACGGCAUGGAAAAUAGUGCGAGGGAACGGGUGGGAAAGCUGAUUGACGACAUACUUGCUGGUCACAAGAAGCAUGGCGUCAAACAGGCCUCCCAGCCUGUGGCCCCCGCCUCUUCUACAGUCGCACAACAGCCACAGAGACCAACUCAUCCAUUCUUCCUGAAGAAGUCCACGCGCAAGCAAGACACCACAGACUCGCAGUCCCGAGAACCUAAUUCUACCAAUACACAGCCCUCCAUGGGAACAGGACUUACAGCGCGCCCAUUUCCUGGCCAGGAUACAGCAUCAACAGCCGUUCCUUCCACCACUUUCACAUCGUUUAAGCAUCGUCGCUCCAAGUUUCCAGAACCUAUACAGCCAAUUUGGCCUCCGCGCGACCUAGUCCAUGUCCGAGGCAUCGAACACAACACCCAAAAUACAGCCACUUCCGACCCCGUGAUGCGGGAUUUGAAGAAGGCAAAGAUGGCUGCUAUUAGCAUUCAUGACAACGAAAGCGUACUUGUACACCAAAUUCGGCAAUACUUGUCAGUUCCUCCGCAAAGUCUGAGGAUUCCCUCUAGACACGUCGCUAGCGGCAAGGUUAUACAAACAGCCGUGACCAGACAACUAUCGGCAUCUUCUCACGACAAGAAGACGCUCGUGGGAGCCUGUCACCCAGCCCUUAGAAAGCUCCAUUCCUCGCUUCCCAGCUACAUGACUCCGUUCGAUCAAGGGGCAUUCGAAACGUUGAAUUGGGCUCAGAAGUAUGCUCCUCAAUCGGCUGACCAAGUUCUCCAAACCAGCAAGGAAGCAUACAUGCUCCGGGACUGGCUGAAAUUUCUUAUGGUUACAACAGUCGACACCGGCAAAUCCUCCAAGGGUGAUGAAAAGAUAAGGAAAAGUGCCGAGGAGAAGAAACGAAAGAAACGCAAGAAAGAGAACCUGGACGGCUUUAUUGUCUCUAGCGAAGACGAGGCAUACGAAUUGGACCCGAUCAAUGAAUCAGAUGAUGAACUAGCAGGAGAUGUCACCACUAAGAGAACGCUGGUCCGGUCCAAUGACUUGGCUCUGAGUUCGAAGUCAGGCGCUGAUAGAGCUCGCGUAUCCAACGCAAUUCUCCUCAGUGGUCCUCCGGGGUGUGGUAAAACGGCGUCAGUGUACGCGGUGGCAAGAGAACUUGAUUUUGAGGUUUUCGAAAUCAACCCGGGUAACCGCCGUAGUGCCAGAGAUAUCGUGGAGCGUGUGGGUGACAUGACACGAAAUCAUUUGGUCCAUAACGCGAAGACUGGCGAAGUUUCCGUCGUAGAUGGGCCGGAUGAAGCGCCACCCGAUCACAAGCAAAACAAACUGAUGGGCUUUUUCAAAUCUGGAGUCGCUAAAGACUCCAACGGGGCUCCCAAAGUUGACGCAAACAGCGCCACUCAAGUGGCCAACAUCAAGCGCUCUCGGAACCAGAAGCAAUCACUUAUUUUGUUGGAGGAAGCUGACAUUCUUUUCGAAGAAGAUAAGCAAUUCUGGUCCGGAGUCAUGACACUAAUCAACCAGUCGAAACGUCCUAUUAUCAUAACAUGUAACGACGAGAAACUUAUCCCUCUUCAAGACAUAGGAUUUCAUGCCAUCCUUCGCUAUCGACCUCCUCCACUAGACCUUGCUGUCGACUAUACCCUCCUCCUGGCUGCAAAUGAGGGCCACAUGCUCAAGCGCAACGCUGUUGAGGACCUGUAUGCGAGCAACGGCAGAGACCUUCGACGGACCGUCACGGAACUCGGAUUCUGGUGCCAAAUCGCAGUCGGGAGCGAAAAGUCUGGUCUCGAUUGGAUCAUCGACCGGUGGCCGCGGGGCUCAGAUCUCGACCAGAAUGGCGAUCCGCUCCGAGUGCUGAGUUUGAACACUUACGAGCCACACAUGGGCUGGUUUAGUCGCGAUAUGUUGAUGUGCGACGGCAUAGACGCUGAUAUAGAGACCCAGCGCGAGGCCUUCAAUUGGUGGCAGCUCAGCACCCAAGAGUCGGAGAGUAAAGCUGAUGCCAAGUCUAACCUUUCCAAAUCGCCAUUGAACCCAGAUUCGGCCACAACGAACGCCGAGCGGCUUGAUCAGUUACGGCAGGCGUCCGAGUUCAUGGACAUGAAGAGCGACCUGGAUAUUCUUGGCUCCUCUUGCUCGAUCGAAGCCAAACUGGAUAUCGUGGAUACUUCGGCUCCUUUCAUGCCCGAGAAGCAGCGAUCGAACUACGCUGAAGGCUACACCUUACUCGACACCUCUCUCGUACCUGACUAUUCGCAGACGCAGACUGCCAUUGCUUGUACAUUUGAGGUCCUACUUGGGAGAGCCUUUCGGCAUGAAGAUGGACAGGACGAGGCCGCUCGAGCCGCCCAGGUGCUAGAGAACGUCGCUAGGCCCGAGUCUGCGAAUACGUCCGAAGCAGGUCUUCUCUCCGCAUUCGCGCCCAUUAUGCGGGCUGACCAUGUGUUUCCUGCACCUACGGGACGCCUGGCCCCCUCAUUUGAGAAUGGACUAGCGCCUAUCGCCGAAGAUCUAGGCCCUUACAUUCGGGGGAUCAUGUCCUAUGACAUGCGUCUCGCACGAUAUCGCCAUCUGCUAACGGGCGCGCUCUCCGAGGACCAGAGCGGUACAAAACGCGGGCGACAGACCAGGGCUAGCCGAGCGGCGCUAGAAGGAGGGAGCAAAGCUCACACGCGGAAAGAAAGAUGGUUCGCAUCCGAUGCGAAUCCAUCAUUGAUCCUAGCCACUGGCAAGCCAGAAUGGCAAGAUGUCUUGGUGCAGAAGGGAUAUUUUACGGUCCCAUCCAGUGGGGAAAGCAUGCCGGAAUGCCAUGAGCAAACAUCGGAGAAGGUGUCUGUCGUGGUGCUCCGCUUCGUCACUGCCUAUCAACAGUCGCAUCCAUCGUCCCCAGCCACCACCGUCUCCAUGUCUCUGUUCGGCACUUCGCCGGAGGACUCUCCACUGGCUAAUUCAGCCCAGAGGUCCAAGGCCUCCCUUUUCGCAGACGAGCCGCCGUAUGGCAGCAAUACGGGCAAUGCGAGCUCCUCCCUGUUCGCCGAUGACGACAGCUCCGGCUCACCCUGGAUGAGUAACACCAAUAAGAGAACCUCCAAGGAAGAGAUCGUGAAGACCCUGCUGCCAGAUUCCGAUGUCCCUGAGAGCUAUAUCGAUGCGUAUGAUCUAGUCCUUAGUGCGGGGGACCGCGUUGGAACCGGUGUCGGGUUGACGUCCGUUCGGGAAAUACUGUCGGGCAGUGGCCUGAGCGCCACCGAUCAAGCGAAGAUACUCAACCUUGUUAUCUCGGGCGAUAGUGACAGCUCCAAUGGUCUUGGCCGGGGAGAGUUCAGUGUCCUACUAGCGCUCGUGGGUCUUGCGCAGGAAGGCGAGGACCUUACGUUUGAUGCAGUGGACGAUCGACGCAAGAGUGAGUUGGCGCUGAAACUUGAAUCAUCGGCUACACCUGUCCAGUCACAAGACCGACCCGCUACGCCUCCUCCUCCUCCUUCCUCUGCCCCCUUACGAGAACCGAGCUCGACUCAGUCGCGACGAUCUGCCCGAGGAUCGAUGGGUAGCUUAGAGGCGGAUCCGUGGGGUAGUCCCCAGCUGCACCGUGGUCACAAUCACACCCAGACCGAAUCUGAGCACGCCGUCUUGAAUGGGUUUGGGAGCGUGCGAUCGGGAUUCAAUGCCUGGUCGAGUAGGGCCAGUGAGGGGGAUCAUACACACGGAGCGUCUGAUAACGGCCGUGCCAAUGGCCAUGCCGAUGCUCCACCUAGCAAUACUGGAUUUGGAUGGGGCGAGAGCGCGGGGAAUACAUCUGAGGGCAGUGGUGGUGGACUAGGAGGGCCUGUCCGAGCAGGACUUGGAGGCUUUGGCUCCUCUGGAAGUGAUCAGGGCGAGCCUAAUCCCCGUCGACGGUCGUUGGGGAUAGGCCGGGUCAGCAGCCCCCGUCUAGAAGAAGUCAUAACGAUAACGCUGCUCCCGGAGAAGGAGGGUAUGUUCAUGUUCCAACAUCGCAAUUACGAGGUAAAGUCGGCGCGUAGGCAGAGCACGGUCGUGCGACGGUAUAGCGAUUUUGUCUGGCUCCUGGACUGCCUUCACAAACGGUACCCAUUCCGGCAGUUGCCUUUGCUUCCACCCAAGAGACUUUCAGUCAAUGGCACUCACCUUGCAGCGGAUUCCAAUUCCUUCCUUGAGAAGCGUCGCAGGGGACUCGUCAGAUUCACCAAUGCCCUCGUUCGUCACCCGGUUCUCAGCCAGGAACAGCUGGUCAUUAUGUUUCUAACCGUCCCUACGGAACUUUCGGUGUGGCGUAAGCAAGCCACAAUAUCAGUACAGGAUGAGUUCACCGGCCGAGCCUUGCCUCCCGAUCUAGAGGACUCAUUGCCAUCGGACCUCACGGACAUGUUCGAUACGGUUCGCAGUGGGGUCAAGAGGUCUGCGGAGGUAUACAUCAACCUAUGCACUUUACUCGAGCGUCUAGCCAAGCGCAAUGAGGGGCUUGCCGCGGAUCAUCUGCGGUUUUCUCUUGCCCUUCAGUCGCUUACUGAGAUGACGCGUGACACGUAUGCCUUUGACACCAAUGACGUGCCGUUGCUCAAUGAAGGCAUUAAGGCCACCGCGAGGCAUCUCUCGGCCAGUCAAAGCUUGCUGGAAGAUGAAGCACGAGCCUGGGAGGAAGGGAUGCUGGAAGACCUUAAGCGCCAACGGGACUGCCUGGUCAGCGUUCGCGAGAUGUUUGACCGGCGGGACCGUUAUGCGCGCAACAACAUCCCUCAGUUAGAAAAGCGGAUUGAGAACAGCGAGAGAAAACUGCAAGAAUUACGGGCGCGGACCCAGCCGGUUAAGCCAGGGGAGAUUGAGAAAGUAGAGGAAUCAAUUGUCAAGCACGCACGUGGGGUGUUCAUCAAGGAAUGCAUCCGCAACGAACUUAUGUAUUUCCAACAGAGCCAGUAUCACAUCAGCCGGCUUCAUCAGGACUGGAGCCAGGAGCGAGUGAAAUAUUCGGAGCUGCAGGCUGACAAUUGGCGGUCACUGAGCGAUCAAGUGGAGGGCAUGCCACUGGGUGAUUAG